AUGUCCGAUAUAAAAAGUGUUUUAUCUUUAUUAUGUCAGCAUUUAAAUUUAUCGAUUAAUGUUGCAAUGAAACCUGAGUAUUUUAGGUUGGGAAAAUUCAAUGAUGCCGUGGACGAAAAUGUCACUAUAAUGUUUUGGAAAGCAUUGAAUAUAUUGAGCUAUUUUGCUGUAAAAGAAAAACAAAUUGAAAUUAAUUUUGAACAAUAUGAUAUAAUUUUGGCUACCAAAUUAUGUUUUGCAUAUUUACAAUAUCCAGCAAUAGAGUUUUAUGCUUUAAGUGAACAGAAUAAAUAUAACAGACCUUUAUUAUUAGCAUUUGCAUGGCUUCUUGGAACACAGACUGCCCUGAAUACCAUCAUUCGGAUAAAUCUAUCUAAUAGUGUAUUAGGAAGAGAAUGUUCACACUCAAAUAGCUUAAAAGAGAAAGAAAUAGAGUAUAAUGUACCUGAGUCACUCGCUGCACAAAUAGACAGUGUAUUGUACUUAAAUGGUAAAGUAAAUUACAAUAUAAAAGAGAUAUCUGAAUUGUUUUCUGAGAGAUCCAAGUUAGUAAGCAAAGUUCAUGCUGCAAGUAUUAAAGUUAGUGGUUUACCACAUCUAAAUGUGUCAGAAGCAGCACUGAUAAAACGUAUUUCAACCACAAAUAAAGAUGCAUAUACUAAUGAAGAUGAAAAACAUAUAAAGGAAUUAUCCACUAUUGCUCGCUUGUUAAAUAUACAUAUGAAAUGGUUGAAAAAAGAACAUAUAUUUUUUGAAUGGAUGGUAACUGUUGUUCAUGAACACAAUAAAUCACUGAAUACUAGUUUAGAAGAUAUAGAUUGGGAUGAGAUUUCAAAAUUUAUUUCCUUAUUACAAUGCACGAUACGAGAAAAGCUUGAAACUUUGUCAUCUAAAGAGGAAUCUAUGAAUUUUCAAGCUUCUAAAUCCACAUGUACUUCGCGUUUGUUGUGGGUUCAAGACACUAACACAGAAAUGGAUGGUUGGAUAACAAAAAUUUCUGCUGAACUAAAUAAGAAAACAGAAGAUUUAACUAAAAAAAAGGAAAAACUUUCUGAAAAGUUAGAAGAAAUUUUGCAAUCAAUCCCCUGUUGUGUUCAAGUUUCAUUUUCAUAA